GUAUUUCUCGGAUGUUCGGGUCGCUUGUGUCAUCAGUCAAUCGGCAGUAUUCGAAGCGAGUGGUCGUGAUUUCACAAUUUAGUGUAUUUCAUGUCAAGUCACUGAGAACCAGAAUAAGUUUUUUUGAGGCAUAAAAAUACACCGGGAAAGAAUAAAUCAAAUCCCGGCCGCAUUUGUGAUCUUCUUGGCCCCAUCCUCCACCUAUUCUCUUGGAUAUUAUUUUAAAAAUACUCAUCGUAUUCUCUUUUUUGUGAGAUAUUGCACAAGGUGAAACCUUCGAGUAGGACUAAGCAAAUGACAACACCAAGUACGAAUGCCAAUUAAUUAAGCAGAGAGCUUUCAAGGGACACGCACCUUCACGACAAUCCCACACUCAAGAGCUGUGAAAAAUGAGAGACCUCAGUACAAAAUGCUUGGUGACCAAGGAGACAAUCUAUCGCGACGUCGUGGUUAUAGGAAAUGGCCCGAGUGGGAUUGCACUGUCUUUCAUGUUGGCUGGUCACUGGCCAUACUGGAAUUCACAGGAUGUAGAAUCCCACCCUGAUGAACUCCUCAGAGCCAGGCUCAACUAUGCUGAUAAUGGGAAGAGUCUGGUUGAACAGGAUCUUGCCACACUGGCUGAUGGCCUAGAGGGUAGAAGUACAAACCCUGUCAGUCUCCUUCUUGACAGUCUUACGCAUCCUUGUGCUGAUCUUGGCAUGGAGUUGCCCUCAAUGGUCCACUACAAAUAUCAUCCUGAAAAGAAGAUCGAUCAUAUCGUUAUGGGGAAAGGAAGAGCUGGAGGAUCAUGGCACAAGAUGGAUCCUAAUCUCAGGACUCUGUCCCUCUCAGCAUGGAUGUCUCUACCGGGACUGGGUUUUAAUGAAUGGGAAUCAAAGAAUCCAUCAAAACCUUCUGCAGAAGGCAAUGAAAGAGAAAAUGGUCAGUGUUCGUGUGGGAAACCAUCCGACAAGCACUGUCAGAAGAUUGAUGUGGAGAAUAAUAACCUGACCGAGGAUUCUUCAUUUUGUCAUCAAUGUACCAAAAGACGGAAAUCAUCGACAUCUCCAAGGAAGGCUUCAAUAAGGCAGAACCACUCAAAAGAAGUGGAAACCCGAGCUCUAAUCUCCCGAGUGGCUGAAUACUAUGAGAGUUACGUCAAAGAGAUGGAUCUCGAGAGGUUCUUUAUGAACGACGCCACAGUCACAUCUAUCACACCCUUUCGGUGUCUCCCAGGAAGAGAGACCUGUGGAAGGGCCAAGGACGCCCGGUGGAUGGUCACUGGAUUCCGCAAGAACAAAGCCUUUACCAUUCUGUGCCGCAACGUUGUACUAGCCAAUGGCUCAUCAGACCUGGCCAAUCGUCUGGGAAUUCGGGGUGAACGCCUCUUAAUCCCUUGGCUCAAGCAUGAACUGCCCCAUUUGGAAGCUGCCUUGGAGGUUAUUCGGCCGUCAGAGAGACGCACCCUAAAACCCGUUUUGAUCGUCGGGGCGGGCUUAAGUGCUGCCGACGCUAUAACAAUUUGCCGGCAAUCUGGGAUACACGUGAUCCAUGUGUUCAGAAGCCGAACAGCCGGACUGGACAAGAUGCUGCCUGAGAAUGUGUAUCCGGAAUACCAUGAAGUACACAGGAUGAUGAAGAGCCCCCAUGAGGCUCAUAGUUGUUACACCCCUCUACCAGAGCAUACAAUUGCUGAUGUUGUAUCUGUGCCUUCUUCUUCUGGCGAGGAUCGACGCCGGGUAACAGUUCGCCACAUCAAGACAGGUGAAACUAGAGAUUUCGAAGUGUCCUUCUGUGCCAUUUUAAUUGGAGCUCGCCCCGAUCUACGUUUCCUAUCGCCUUUGGCUACGUCCUCUGUUCACUCAACUGAAGAGUUCCCCACAGAGCCACCUAUUGAGGAGAACACAUCCUUUUUCGGACGUCAAUUGGCUUGGUUCAAGAAUCUCUGUGUUAAAUGUCGCCAUAUGAACUUCUGUGAGCGUGUCCGACGACCGGAUUACAAGAAAAUCUGCGGUCAUAACUUCGAAAAGGGCAUAAGAGCCUGCGAAUGUCCUGCUAAACCAACUAGAAGCGCCUCAGAAGACCUAGUGACCAGUCUAGGACUGGGUGAGGAUCCUCAUUCACCUCUCGAUGGGAAGAACAAUCCAAUAGCCGUGGAUAAGUACACAAACCGCGUUCUCAGAGGCCCUCAAGGGCUCUUUGCCAUGGGUCCUCUGGUGGGAGAUAAUUUUGUGAGAUUUAUCCCGGGUGGAGCCUUGGCCAUAACAUCUGCCCUUCAGAAUCUCGAGAAUGAUUGAGUUCUGGGGAGGUUUUGUGGAGAUUUUCAUGUCGCCCGGCAUAUCACUUGGUUCCCUGGCUGGUGAUGCAAGUGUUAAGGGCUUUUUGUGACAUUUGUUUGACACUACGGGAAUGGUUUUAGUAGAAAAACGGUCCUUUUAUGCUGUCAAAUCCAUGAAGCAUUAGUGCGAAGAAUUUUCUUAUGACUCAGUAGGGGAAGUUGUUUAGGUUUUCCACCUUUGGAAAAUCCAAAAAUUGGUGCUCGAGACCCUUUUAUUGUAUUUUUGACAUUUCUUUGAAAGGUAUUUUGAUUGUAGAUAUUUUAAGGUGUUUGAUUUGAACAAAAACCAACUGUAAAAAAUGACAUUGUAAGAUUGUUUUUUAAAUGUAUUAAAUUAAGUGAACAUUCAGCUCAAUUGAAUAGAUUUUAAUAUAUACCUUCAAAAGAGUUAUUUGUAGAAGAUUUCUUGAGCUUAAUGUGUUAAUUUUUUUUAUUUAUUCGGUGGCUUAAAAAUUUACACGAAAAUUGAUUUUUACAUAUUGUUGCUAUUUAAUUGAAUAUUUCAUUUUAUAAAAUCAUUUUGCCACGUUGCGUUCUGUGAUUGGCUGGAGCUUGUAAUCUUUCGAAGCUGUAACCAAUCAAAAAACGGAAUGCAACUAAAAUAUUCUAUAAAAUCAAAUAUUAGUGAAUAAUGCUUUAAUCAAAUUUCGAAAUGUUUUUGUUUAAAUCUUGUGAACAAUACUUUUCACGUUUAAUUUACUUUAAAAAAAAUUGUAAGACCUUACUCAAGCAAUUUGUCUACAAAUUUCCUUUUUGCAUGUAAAAAUGUAACAAUUUUAUUUAAAAAACGUUUCCUUUGACAAAAAACACCCCUUCUGAAUAUUUCAAAAAAUAGACUGACGAAUAAAAAAUGUACACUGUAUGUAAAAGAAUUUUGAUCAAAUUGAAAAUAUACAAAAUUCAACGGUA